GGAUAGUUUUGUCUUAGAUUUCGAUCCCCAGAAAAAUACAUUUGUUUUUUAACUUUAUAAUGCUCUGUGGUGGGAAGUGGGAAAUAAAAGCAAUGCUCGUGGGCAUGGUGCUGCUGGCGUAGUCUCAGAUUUCAAGAACUCCGUUUCUUGGUUCAUCAGCAGCAGCAUCCACAGACAGAGAGACAGACAGAGAGAGAGAGAGAGAGAGGGGCAAGAUGGAAGUUGGGUUCUUGGGAUUGGGGAUAAUGGGGAAGGCCAUGGCGAUGAAUCUGCUCAAGCACGGCUUCAAGGUCACUGUUUGGAACAGGACCCUCUCUAAGUGCGAUGAACUAGUGGAGCAUGGUGCUUCAGUUGGAGAAACACCAGCCGCAGUAGUCAAGAAGUGCAAGUAUACUAUCGCAAUGUUAUCUGACCCUGCAGCUGCUCUUUCGGUGGUUUUUGACAAGGACGGUGUUCUUGAGGAGGUCUGUGCUGGAAAAGGUUACGUAGACAUGUCGACGGUUGAUGCCGAAACUUCAAUUAAGAUAAGCGAGGUCAUUCAAUCGAAGGGCGGUCACUUCCUUGAAGCCCCUGUCUCGGGUAGUAAGAAGCCUGCUGAAGAUGGACAAUUAGUUAUACUUGCAGCUGGAGAAAAGGCAUUGUUUGAGCAAGCAGUUCCAGCUUUCGAUGUCAUGGGGAAGAAGUCUUUCUUCCUGGGCCCAGUUGGCAAUGGAGCUAAAAUGAAGCUUGUAGUGAACAUGAUAAUGGGCUGCAUGAUGAACGCAUUUUCGGAGGGACUUGAACUGGCCAGCCGAAGUGGAUUGGACCCUCAUACUCUUCUUGACGUGCUGGAUCUUGGUGCAGUCGCUAACCCAAUGUUCAAACUUAAAGGACCCACUAUGAUAAAUAGCAAUUACGCACCAGCCUUUCCUCUGAAACAUCAGCAGAAGGACAUGAGGCUGGCUCUUGCUCUUGGGGAUGAAAAUGCCCUUUCAAUGCCAAUCGCAGCUGCUUCCAAUGAGGCUUUCAAAAAGGCCAGGAGCCUGGGACUGGGUGAUUUAGACUUUUCUGCUGUUUUUGAGGCUGUGAAGUUGCUCAAACAUUAAUGAUGAUGCAAAAGGACAUGGUGAGACAUCUUGGGGCUUUAAACUGAUUACUGGAAGAUGCAUCUUCAUUUCUGUCGGGUCACGGAGAAUGAUUUUCUAUGCCAAAAAGAUAAAAGUUACUGCUUGAGAAGCGGGUGUUUCUUGUUCUCAAGUUGUUAAGAGGUUUCGCCCUAGACAUGUAACCGUAUUUCCCUUUGAGCCAGAGUGCUAGACUGAUGUCUGAGAUGCCAUCAAAUACUAGUGGUUGCUCCAA